AUGCCUUCAACCCUAAAACCCUGGAUAAGAUAAAUAUUGUUGAUGCUUUCUCACUUCCUUACCUUAGAAUAUAACUCAUCAAAGUUAAUUCAUAUGCUCAUCCUCUUCUAUUAAAUUAUUCAGCCUACUUCUUUCAUAUUUUAUAAUGCGCAACCUUAACAGGAACAAUUAAAUCACAGUCUAACCAAAAUUACUCUCAUUACUAGACUGUAUGUAUACAUUACUGACCCAAUAGUCAAAUAAUCAAUAUUUUGGAUUAUGGUUUUUGUGCAGAAUAUCAUAAUUCUAAUUGCAGCAAUCAUGGCAUUUACAAAUUACUACUCAAAUCACACUCAAUCUUAAAUUGGAUAGAUAAUUGCUACUGUUUUCUCUACCUUUGUCUAUUAUGUUUCAAUAACAUUCUAUCCAAUCAUUUUGGAAAUUAGCCUAUGUUAUUCCUCUAACCUAGUAGAAUUUAUUGUUGCUACAUUACUUAUGAUUGAAACUCUUAGUAUUAUGUUUAUGGGUGAACUCAUAUUUAGAAGAGGAUUAACACUUAAGUCAACAUCGAAUUUAUAUAUCAACAUUUCAACAUACUCAUACAUAAUAAAAACUUUCAAAAUAUCUUAAAUCCUCCUAUUCUAUUACCUAAACUCACAAACGCUGUUUCCUCUCACAAUCCAAUGCAUCCUAAAUAUCUUAAUCUAAAUAAGCUUUGUAACCGAAUUAUGCAAAAUGAAGGUGUAUGCUUAUCACAUCUAUUCCAAAGCUGCUCUAAUUCUAAGUUCCAUUAGCAUAGUAUUAUCAUUUGAAGUCUUAUUGACUUAAACUACUAUCAGUAACAAUUAUUGGAUAUUAGUUUCACUUAUUCUAAUUAAAAUAUUAUUUAUCUGUGAUAAUUAUAUGCCUAAUUCUAUUCAAAAUUUUGAAAUUCAUCAAUUAAAAUAUUAAUUUGCUUAAUUAGAACUAAGCAACCCAGAAACUACAUCCACUAAAUUACGUACAUACAUCCUUUGCAGAAGUCAUUAUUAAACCUGUGAUAAGAGAUCAUAUUGCAUAUGUGUAUCAAGUAAAGAAUACUCAAAAAACCAUUACUAAACUGUGCUUAAACUAAUUGAAACAAGGUUGGAAUAAAAGUUUUUUGGAAGAGUUGAAAGUUCUAAAGAUUCAUUAGCUAUUGAUUAUGCUCAAACGUUGCUCAAAAAUCAAUAAUUAGUUAAAGUAUAAUAGCACAUUAUUAGAUGUCUUUCUCUUAAUUAGUCCAUAUAUCCACAAAAUAGGUAAAGAUUCUCUGCUAUUACCACUUUACUGUUGGAAUUUUUAAAAGAAUAAGUCCUAAAUUAAGUGCUUAUUUAAAUAUCUGAAAAUAUUGGAUCUAAUAUAUAACAUAAUAAAAUUAUAACAGACUCUUUAAAGUCCUUUGUACUUAAUGAAAGCACAGAUUAAUAAAUUAUUCAACAAAUGAAAAAGAUCAUAGCUGCUAAAAUUUAAUUUUACAAUAAUUUCUUGGAACAUCAAAAUCAAAAUUAUGGAAGUGUUCAAUUCGCCAUUCAAUUCAUAAAAUAGAUCAAAUAGUUCAAAGAUGUUCUAUAAAGUAGAUAUGAGUAAUUUCCAACCAUUUCUAAUCAAAAUUUACUGAAGUACUUUUGUCUGAAUAUCUUAAAUGAUUACAUAGAAGCAUUCAACAUAAACAAAUGUAAAGCUUUCGAUGAUGAUAAAUAUAACACAUUUCAAGGAUAAAUUUACCAUAAAAUAUUUGGUAUUAAUCCUGCAUAUUUCAUUACUGAACUUACAUCUGAUUUGGAUGUUCUUAUAACCAAAAAAUCAAGUCAAGCAAUCUCUAUUUUAGAAUCUUUAAAAAUAAAUUAAUCAAAGGCUCAUCAAAAUAACGAAAUUAACGUUUUCUUGCCAGAAUAUGUAAUAGCCUUUCACCGUCAACUUGUAGAAUCUUUUUUAAAUAACGGUAAAAAUAAAUAUUAUCAAUAAUAAAACCUAGCCUUUCUUAAAAUACAAGACAAAGUGAUGUUACCCAUUUAAAUUAUGGUUAGCAUCAAUCAUACAACUACUGACAAAUUCUCAUUUAUUAUAUUCUUUUAUGAUAGUCAAGAAUACCGAUCCUAUUUGGCUGUUGAUAAUUAACUAGAAAUUAUUAAUAUAAGUUCAGAUAUUUAGGAUAGUCUAUUUUUUAGUGAAACUAAAUAACCUUAAACUUCAAUAUCAAAAAUUAUACCAAACUUUUAGCAAAUUAUUUCCUCCUCCCAAGAUAUUUUCUUAAAUUAAGAAAUUAAAUUAUUAAAAGAUUAUCAUAACCAACAAGGAUUCUUUUUUUAUAAUGCAAAUGUCAAGAUUGAAAAGAAAUUUCAUAAUUAAUUUUAAUGUUAUUUAGUUGAAUUAGAUAAUAUUAGGCCUAUUUCGAGAAAAUUAAGAGAGGAAACUUCAACCGUUUAUAGAACUUCUACUUCUCAGUUUCCCUGUUCUACCUAAAAAAUAUUGAAUAUUAACAGUGAAGUGGAUUAUUCAUGUGAAAAAAUGAUUCCGUAUUCAGAUACGGACAACAGAAUCAAUCCUGAAGGCUCAUUGUGUGUAUUAUAGCAGGAUCCUCAAAUUAUAUAUAAUACAGAAAUGAAUGCUAUGGGUACAUAAUAGUUGAUGGAUUAUUAUAAAAUCUAAAAUAUGUUUGAGCCAUUAUCAUAAAAUAGAAUGAUACACAGUUCUAGAUUUUCUUAGGAUGAUGAUUUAAAAAAAUAAAUGAAUAAAAUAGUUCAUGAGGAAGAAAUCAAUGAAAUUGGUUCUACAUCUUCAAUAACUGCAAUAAAAAAAUCAAAAUAUUAUAAAAAGUUUGAGAUUAUCUCUGUUUUGAUGAAAUCUGAAAAGCAAUCAAAGAAAAUAAUUUAAAUGAAUAAAUUUAUUGCACUCUACAUAUCAAUCAUCUUGGUUGGUCUCAUUAUAUUUAUUGUGAUGAUAGAAAAUCUUGAAUAGUUUAUUUUUGAUAUUCAAAUUCUCUCAGUUAGAUAUGAUGUUGUAGAACCGUAUGAAUCCUUUUAUGUCUCUCGCUUCUCGUAAGUCAAUUAUAGAGAGUAACAAGCUGGCGGCUUUAUUAAUAUUUCUCAAUAUAAUUAAUUGACAGUAUAUCCAUUUGCUACAUUCGAAUUGAUUUUUAAUCAUUUAAGAGAUAGCAUGUAUAAAGUUUAAUAAAGAGAAGAAAUAGAUUAUUUAUCAACGAAUCAAAAUAUUAGUAUUUACUUUUUAGAAAAUGCCUAUUAAGGGGAAAUUAGAAAUGUGACAAUAAGAUCAUUAAUUAGCAUACUUAUCAAUUAUCAAUAUGAUUUUAAAAUAGGCCUGACAACAAAAGCUGUUGUAUUCGAAAGUCCUUUUUUCUACUUCACUGCCAAAAAUUACUUGACUAUUAAAUAAACUUUUGAUGGAUUAAAUUAAAUUGUAUUAGAUGCUACAUUAUAGAGAUCAACUCUAGAAUAAUAAAAAUGGCUAUCAGUUUUGUUGCCAUUUUUAAUUUUUAGCUUCCUUUUAAGUCUUGUAAUAAUAUCACAUUACAAAGAUUAUAUUUCCAUAAUGCAUAAGAUAUUCUUAUAUUUAAUGAGCCUAGAUUCAGUUAUUAUAGAUGAUGAAAAACAAAGAUUGCAAAAACACCUUAAUAUUAUUAGUAAUGAAAUUAAAAAAAUCAAAACAUAUGAUUUUGAUAUUGAAGCCAUAGAUAUAGAAUUGGAAUAAUCUCAUCCCUCCAAGACUAGACAUUUAAUCAAAAAAGAACAAAAAAAUGUUUAUCUCUAUAAUAAUGAUUUAAAAAACUGUGUAAUUAUUACAUCGUGCCAUUUUAUUUUACAAUUAACCUUUUUUUUGUCAAUAUUUCUUAUCAUAUAAAGAUAUUUAGAAAAAUAUGAAAAAACUGCUGUUGUCUAUUAACAGAUUAGCGAUUUAGGUGUAGAUAUCCCCACAAUCUAUGCUUAGAGAGAAGUUUUAUAUAGAAGAACAUUAAGAUACUUUUUUUUAUCAGAUCAAGAAAUUGAAGGAAUUUAUUAAGUAUUAUUUAAAGCUUAUGAUAAAGUUGAAGAAUUUUCAAAAUAAAAUUUAGAUUUUACUUCAGAUUAAUAUUUAUUCGAUUAAAAUGCCAUUACGUUUUACAAGAAUGUGAACGAAGGCAAUUUGUGUGACUUUCAAACAGAUUAAUUUAAAGAGCUUUCCAAAACUAUUUGCCCAGUAGUUAUGAAUGGGAAUCUAUAGAAAGGGUUAUCUUAGAUUUUAGCUUAUAUUCUCUAAACAAUCAAAUCAUAAUAAUACGAAACAAAAAAUUUUACUUAAUUACCCACUGACACAAAACUUGAAUUAGAAGGAGCAACAAUCUUAGGAAAUGUUAUGUCAACAAUAGUUUAUAACUUAUAUCUUACAUUACUUGAUUCUUGUUAACUGUUAAUGUUUUAUACUAAAUUACCCUGCAUCGCUUUCUUAACAUUUUAGUCUAUAUGUUUUAUUUUUUAUACGUUGUUUGGAAAUAAACGACACAAAAAGUAGUUUUAAUCAAUCAAACAAACUAUAUUUUUAUUUCCAAGGCAGACAUUAAUAUUUGAUGAAUUUUUUUAUAGAAACUUCAAGUCCAUAAUAAAAGAUGAAGGAAUAUCCUAAUGA